ACCCUAUACCACAUCUGUGAUAAAUGUCAUUUCGAAUUGAGAUUGUAAAUACUUCAUGCACAUUUAUUUUCUUCAUCGUAUAAUUUGGAAACUUCUGUUUUAAUAAAAAUUGUGUACGAGCAUGGUUACUCAGGAGCAGCUGAAAGCCAUUGGUGCUGUCUUAAAUAAUAAGGAACGACCUUUAAAGGAACGUUUUCGAGCUUUAUUCACUCUAAAAAAUCUUGGAGGUGCUGAGGCGAUUGAAGAAAUUAGUCGUGGGUUUUCCGAUGAAUCAGCUUUGCUAAAACAUGAACUAGCCUAUUGUCUGGGACAGAUGCAAGAUAAAAGAGCAAUAGACAUUCUAACAAAUGUACUCGAAGAUACGAUGCAAGAACCUAUGGUGAGGCAUGAAGCCGGUGAAGCGCUUGGCGCCAUUGGUGCACCAGAGGUCAUACCAAUUCUAGAGCAAUACAAGGAAGACCCUGUAGUGGAAGUGGCGGAAACGUGUUCAAUCGCAUUAGAUCGUGUUCGUUGGCUGCAGAGUGGUCAAACAGUAGAUGACAAAAAUCCCUACGCAUCAGUAGAUCCUUCGCCUCCGAUUAGCGGAAAUACAAACGUUGAAGAUUUGAAAGCUAUUUACUUAGAUCCAAAUCAGAGCUUAUUUGAACGAUAUCGUGCUAUGUUCAGUUUACGAAAUUUGGGUACCACGGAAAGUGUUUUGGCUAUUGCAAAAGGUUUAAAGGAUCGCUCGGCACUGUUUCGCCAUGAGGUGGCUUUUGUAUUGGGCCAAAUUCAAGAACCAUGCAGUAUUUCUUAUUUGAAGGACAACUUAGAAGAUCAAAAUGAAAAUGAAAUGGUGCGUCAUGAAUGCGCAGAAGCACUUGGAGCGAUUGCUACGGAGGAAUGUGUCAACAUAUUAAGUCGUUAUGCGUUGGAUGAAAAAAGAGUUGUAAAGGAAAGUUGCGAAAUAGCAUUAGAUAUGUGCGAGUACGAGAACAGCCCAGAAUUUCAAUAUGCCGAUAGUUUGGGCAAAUUAAGCACAUAAGAUAUAUAUUAGUCCGUGAUAUAUGUGUAUAUAUAUUCCUUGUAAACGCAAUUAAAAUUUUUAUAUAUUUAGAACAGUAAUAUAUGAUAUGUAUGUACAAGCGGUGUCUACGCCAGUAAAGAUGUAUGAGAAAACUAUAUUGAAACUGCAAAAAUAAUAGAUGAACAUUUCAGUAAAACUGAAUUAAUAAUGUGUCAUUAGUAACAAAGUUAAAACAA